AUUUAUUUGUUUUCUUUUAUCAAUAUUUGUUUUCUUUUAGGGGUUACGUUAAAAAUAAAAGUUAUAUAAGGUUUUUUCAUAUGUUCAGAUGAUAAAGAGAAAAAAAAUUUGUAAGAAAACAAAUAAUAAAAAUUGUAAUUCAUCGGCUUUAAAAAACUGUAAUUCAUCGGCUUUAAAAAACUGUAAUUCAGGCGCUAGCGAUCAAUUGGGUUUAAAUAUGUGUAUGGUGUGUCUUUAUUUCAAUGCACAUAGAUCCAAAAAAACGACCCAUGUGACCUAGACGCUUGUCUUUCUCUCUAACAUCCAAACUCUUUACUGAAACCUCCCUUGUAACAAGCAAACAGCAACAAAGAGGAUCAAAACGAAGAAGACAAUCUUGGAGUUUUACUAGUUACUAUAUAGCUUAAUUAUACACACACACUGUACCCCUCUAUACCUGAGUUGUUUAUAUAAUAGAGAGGGAAGAACAAAAGAAACAGAGGAGACGAUCAAGAGCGUAUCCGUGUGGAUAUGGGUAGACCACCUUGUUGCGAGAAGAUAGUAGUGAAGAAAGGACCAUGGACUCCAGAAGAAGACAUAACCUUGGUCUCUUAUAUCCAACAACAUGGCCCUGGAAACUGGAGAUCUGUUCCUAAGAACACCGGUUUGCUAAGAUGUAGCAAGAGUUGCAGACUUAGAUGGACUAAUUACCUUCGUCCCGGGAUCAAACGAGGAAAUUUCACUCAGCAUGAAGAGAAAACGAUCAUCCACCUCCAAGCUCUUUUGGGUAACAGAUGGGCAGCCAUAGCAUCAUAUCUAUCUCAGAGGACCGACAACGAUAUCAAGAACUAUUGGAACACUCAUCUGAAAAAGAAACUCCAGCGUCAAAAUGGUAUCACCAACGAAGACAACAUCGAUAUGACAGAGAUGUCGUCUUGUAACAACAACAACAACAACAUAUGUACCAACAGCAAAAGAAUCGCCAACAAGGGACAAUGGGAGAAAAAGCUUCAAACAGACAUCAACAUGGCCAAACAAGCCUUGUUCCAAGCCUUAUCACUUGACCAACCAACUUCAUCGAUAUCUCCUGAUCUCGGCUCGCCAAAGCCUCAUCAUUCUGCCACCGCUACUUAUGCCUCAAGCACAGAUAACAUCUCUAAGUUACUACAGAACUGGACAAGCUCAUCUUCUUCAGUGCCUAACACUUCAUCACUCUCCAACAACAGGAGCUCAAGCACCGGUGAAGGAGGCGUUCUUGAUCAUCAAUCUUUGUUGUCACCGAAUUCAGAAUCUGGAUCAGUUGAUGAGAAGUUAAAUUUGAUGACGGAGACAAGUAUUUUUAAAGGUGUGAGCAAACCAAUCGUUGACACGGAAGCAACUACUGAUGAUCAUAGCUCGUUGUCUUUGAUCGAAAAAUGGUUAUUUGAUGAUCAAGGCAUGGUCCAGUGUGAUGACGAUCAAGAAGAUCUUAUUGAUGUGUCUUUACAGGGUAAAAAUACUGAUAACAACUGUCAAGAUGUAUUCUAGGAAGAUGGAGCAACACUAUAGAUCUACCAAGUGUAGGUAGUCCAUAAUGACGUUGCUCUCUGAGUUCGAACCUUGUUUGGGGGAGAUGUAUUUGUCAUAAAGAUUCCGUGAGAGUAAAAAAAAUAUGUGACCUAGCAAUUUACUAUUUGAAGUUAAAAAUAGUGCAAUAAACUAAGCUUUCCUGUUUUAAUAGUUUUGUUUAGUUAUGAAAUCAGUAUUAUAAUUA